AUGUAUUUCUUCCAAAGUCUCGAAGAGCAACACGCGCAAAAAAGGUCAGCACGUAAUACAUUUUCCUUACUACAAACAGGUGUUUGCUCAUUGAAUCAAAACACAAAAGUUUCAACGUUGCAUAUGUCCCAUGCACCAACGAAACUUUUGCACCGUGGCAGGCAGGCAGCGUUGAACUAUGGUGGUAUAGGAGGAGUAGUCGGACAUGAAAUUACACACGGUUUUGAUGAUGACGGGCGUUUCUAUGACGCCUUCGGCAAACGCAAGGAAUGGUGGAAUGAGGAAGUGAAGAAAAGAUAUGUGCAGCGAGCUCAAUGUUUCAUCGACCAAUACGGGAAGAUUGAGGUGCCGGGAACUGGUCUUAAUGUUAAUGGCGAGUUGACUCUGUCGGAAAAUAUUGCCGACAACGGGGGAGUGAGGCUAGCGUACGAGUCAGCAAGCCAAGAAAUGUGUGUUUGGGCUUACAAAACUUAUCUGCAAAAGCAUGGGCAAGAAGAGAGGAUCGAAGGUCUGGAAGAAUUUGAUAACGAGCAGAUGUUUUUCUUGGGCUGGGCUAUGAACUGGUGCGGGCAUCGAACAAUUGAAUCACUUAUCGAUCAAGUUAACACCGAUCCGCAUUCCCCAGCUCGUUAUCGGUAAGU